AUGGCGGACUCCACGGAUUCUGAGAAGGAUGAAUUCUACGAAUGCAACGCAUCCACCCCAAUAUCUCCCACGAGCCCCUCCGCGACAGACUCUGAGAAGAACGAACACAUCCCGAGACAGUCACACUCUGGCAAUGAUUCGAUCGAAAUGAACCCUGACCCGCUCGCACCACUUCAACAGGCCCUAACACCUGACCUCUUCACUGAUGCAGAGCAUCUCGCUCGCCCAGAAUUAACAUAUACAAAAUCAGGGGCAUCAGCUGCAACUAGUAUCUCAAGACCAUCCGCGUUUGAAGUUGAUUUCACACCCGAUGACCCAGAAGAUCCACAUAAUUGGCCGUUGUGGUAUCGCGGGAUGGUGCUCGGGUUCGUCAGCUUCGCGACUUGGACAACUGUUUUGUACAGUACCAGCUACACAAGCAGUAUGCCAGGGAUGAUGAAGGAGUUCAAUGAGCCGAGUGAGACCAUUGCGACCCUGGGAGUGACCACAUACAUGAUCGGUUUGGCAGUGGGAAGCUUGAUCCUGGCGCCAAUAUCAGAGAUCUGGGGGAGGAGGCCAGUGUAUUUUGGAAGUCUGCUCUUUUAUUGUUUGAUGACCCUACCUUGCUCGUUGGCGACAGGACUUGCAGAAGUUCAGGUUGUGCGCUUUUUUGGUGCAUUGGCAGGAGCUGCUAUGAUCUCGAAUUCUCCGGGGACAGUAGCUGAUAUGACCCAUGAAAACUAUCGCGCGUUGGCCUUCAGUAUUUGGAGUAUAGGGCCUAUGAAUGGACCAGUCACCGGGCCCCUCAUUGGGGGGUUUGCAGCCGAGUAUUUGGGUUGGAGAUGGACAAAUUGGCUGGUAAUGAUCUUCUCCGGUUGCGCAUGGCUCAUGUGCGCCUCGAUGAAGGAAACAUAUGCACCGACUAUCUUGCGGAAAAAGGCAGCGAGGAUGAGGAAACAGACUGGUGACGAAAGAUGGUGGAGCCGAUACGAUCAGAAAGUAUCAAUCAUUGAGGUCUUGAAGGUAAAUCUUAAAAGACCUAUCGUCUUGCUAUGGACAGAACCUAUUCUCUGGUUCUUGGAUGCCUAUGUGGCUAUUGUUUACGGAAUCUUAUAUCUCUGCUUCGUCGCAUACCCCCUAAUCUAUACCGGCCUACGAGGCUGGUCAGCCGGAAUCACUGGACUCUCAUUUAUGGGAAUAGGGGUUGGCACGAUGCUAGCGAUUGUAACCGAACCCCUGGCUCGGAGGCUUGUGAACUCUCACAAGAAAGAUCCGAGCACGGGGCGCGUACCCCCCGAGGCUUCGGUCUCCAUUGUCUGCAUUGCAUCCAUUCUUUGUCCCAUUGGACAACUUUGGUUCUCAUGGACUUCGGUCCCCAUCACCAUUCACUGGAUCUGGCCGAUCCUUGCGGGGAUUCCAUUUGGCGCAGGCAACUGUUUGGUUUUCAUAUACGCAUCGAACUAUAUUGCGGGUUGCUACGGAGUCUAUUCAGCCUCUGCACUCGCUGGGAAUAGUGUCGUCCGGUCACUCAUGGGAGGCAGUCUGCCAUUAGCCGGACCUUCUAUGUACGCCAAGCUGUCGCCGCAGUGGGCUGGGACUUUACUGGGCGCAGUCCAGGUACUACUGAUCCCGAUCCCGUUCGUCUUCUACAAGUGGGGUGCGAAGAUUCGGACGAAAAGUCCCUUGAUUAGACAAUUGAGAGAGGACCUGGAGAGGAGUGAGAAAAGGGCCGUGAGAGCCAAGAGGCAGCAAGAAAGGCAGAAUGCGACGGAUAGGGGCAGAGUGUUGAUGGCAGAUGAAGCAGGAUAUGCCGAUGGAGAUGAGGAAUCAGAGCCAAAGCGGCCGAGCCAGUUACAGCCGCAAAAAGUUAACUAG